AUGCCGGCCAAACGCGCAGCCGCAGCCACCUCCGCUCCGUCACCCUCUCCGUCGGGAUCAUCAACACCAACCACACUCUCCUCAGGGCCCAAAACGCUGUCCGCGAACUCCUCCGUUCCCGAUAUCGCCAUCCAUGUCUGGCAACAGUACAUUACGACCACGCCGCAGCGCACAAUGCUCUUAGAUGCGUUUAUGGCAUUCCUGAUUCUCGUCGGUGCUGUGCAGUUUGCGUAUUGCGUUUUGGCGGGGAAUUAUCCCUUCAACGCCUUCCUGAGUGGAUUCAGCGCCUCUGUCGGCCAAUUCGUUCUCACGGCUAGCUUGCGCAUGCAGACGAAUCCAACUACAGAGUCUGGGGGUAAAAGUUCUGGUCCGGCGAAGGGCGCGAAGAUUGUUGUUGGUCGUGGUGAGGGGGAUAAGGAUGGUGGUGUUUCGCAUGAGAGGGCAUUCGCGGACUAUAUCUUCGGGAGCUUGAUUCUGCAUUUCUUCUGUAUUAAUUUCAUUAACUAA